AUGUCUCAGCUUUUUUCGCUGCGGCCGCCCGAUGUUCCGAGACCUGAUGGCCUAGUACAAAUGACGCCAAGCGUUAUGCUACCUAUUUCGCGCAUUGAGGUGUUUGAGAUUGACUUAGAUGGCAAGAAAAGUUGCCCUAGACUGCUUUGCACCACAGUGAAAGCUCAGGUGGUUUGUCGUUUGACCCGCUGCGACGGCCUUGUGACUGCUUACAUUCCAACUAUGCAGGCGCGCGCCGUUCUCCGUUCGGCAAUUGCGAUGCGGCGUCAAACCCACUCGGUCUGGUCGCUGGAAGAAGCAAAUGUUGGCGCUUUUCCUCAGCUCUGUUGGCGAGCCAUCUUCAGGCCUGAGGGACGACCAGUGAUCUCCCGUAACGAAUACCAGUACAACUACCAGUACACUCAACAGAAGCUGGAAUUGUUGCCACACAAGAACAACGUCAACCACGCUCGUUUAAGCGAGCGCCGCCAGAAUUUUGGCUCGUUUCUAGAUCGAACAUCUGCCGGGAUAUACGACAUGCCAGCCGCCGCACUUGAGCGAUCAGAUUUCAUUCCAAGCACUCUGCCAUUCCGAAAUUCGGUAAUCUUGAUUUCGCUACCGCUGGUCUCCGACUACCUGCUUGCAUAUGCCGUGCCUGUAACGCCUCGGCAAUGGAAAAUUGGUGAUGCGACGUAUGACUGCGCUGAUAUACUCGCCCACAUUCCGGGAUCGUUCAGCUUGGCAGCGGUCAGCAGACUCAGCAAGCAGAAUGUCUCAAGACCUCCCCGUUGCAAUCUGUGUGGUGAAGGGCUCACGUCCACGCACACCGCUAUCAGUGCGGUCCCGACGGGUCUACUGAAUAACGGAACGGGAAGACCAACGACGACGGCCCCGGUGCGGACCAUGACGCAAAGCCCAGCAUACGACACGGGUCUGACAUACCCAGCACGACAUGAUAUGAAGUCGCCGUACCACCGUACUGGAUACAAUACUGCGGAGAACCUGCUGGUACAUUUCAGGUCAUGCUACCCAUAUGUCGCCAAGCGCUAUGCUAUGAUUGAGUUGGCCGAGCUACCUGAAUCCUGCGUUGGCGCUCUUAGCCUGAUAAACAUCUGCCGAUGCAACGUUCAGAGACACGACUUUGCGCCGGCUCAUUCCAAGCUGCCGGACACACGCCGGAAAAAUACCAAACCGGGAUGGCGCGAUGACUCCAAAUACAGCGUCCACUGGCAAUGGGGUCCAGCCUGUUCUCCAAAAGGGACGUAUUGGGCAGACUCGCGAUGUCACACAUCCGAGGUUGCAGUAUACCCUGUGAGUUCAUCUUCUGGAAACCGCGCUACGUGCUUCGACAGCGUUGCGGAGCGGGCAAAGCGGGUUUCUUUUGGCCGGCAGGCAAGAAUGGUCCUGAAAAAUCGGAAUGUCACUGGAGGCAGCAGGGGCAAGGUACCCUGUCGAUUGACUACUGAUUUUGCUAUAUUGGCUUUUGAAAAGGGCGUCGGGAUCGUCCUCGGAGCUGAAAGCGGCAAUUAUGUGCGAUUCUCAGGCACCGAUCAUCAACCCCCCCUCCUUCAACUAGCAGAGAUUGGUGGUCGAAAGGACGCUUCGGCAUUUGCAACAGCGAACAUGUCGUCCGCCCGGCAGUCCGGAGUCGCGAUGCAUGGAUGA